GGACAGCGGCACCGCCCACGGGCAUGGACCGAGGUAGCUGCAGCAGCGGUAGCGGUUCGGCUCCCGGCCCGGGUCCGGAAGGGGAGCAGCGGCACGAGGGGGAGCCUCUGGCCCCAGAUGGCAGCUCCCCGGACAGGUCCCAGAGCAAGGCUGUGGCCCCUGAGGCAAGCCCAGAAAGGAGCUGCUCCCUUCACAGCUGUCCCCUUGAGGACCCUUCCAGUUCUCUGGGACCUCCACCGGCAACUUCUACCCUCCAGCCUGUGGGCCCGUCCAGCCCCUUGGCCCCUGCCCACUUCACUUAUACCCGGGCACCGAAGGAAUACCGAGGGGGCAGUUCCCUGCCAGGGCUUGGGGACCGAGCCGCUCUGUGCUCCCAUGGCUCCAGCCUCAGCCCUUCCCCAGCCCCCUCACAGCAUUAUGGGGCCUGGAAGCCCCCAUCUGUGCAGCACCACGUGAUCAGCGUCAGGCAGGAACAGGCCUUCCGGAUGCCAAAGAGCUAUUCCCAGCUGAUUGCUGAGUGGCCAGUGGCAGUGCUGCUGCUGUGUCUAGCUGUCAUCCUCCUCUGCACCCUGGCUGGACUCUUGGGGGGCCACCUGCCCGACUUCUCCAAGCCCUUGCUGGGCUUUGAGCCUCGGGACACAGACAUUGGACGGAAGCUAGUGGUCUGGAGAGCACUGCAGACCCUCACGGGCCCCGGGAAGCUGCUUUCCCUCUCCCCAGACCUUGAGCUGAACAGCUCAAACCCCCACACCACGCUGAGCCCCACACCCUGGAGUAGUGCCCAGGAGGGCAUGGUCCGGCCCCGGAGGAUGGUGGAGCCCCUGGAGGACAGAGGGCAAGAGAAUUUCUUCUGUGGCCCCCCUGAGAAGAGCUAUGCACAGCUGGUAUUCAUGUCCACCUCAGCGGGAAGCCUGUGGAACCUACAUGCCAUCCAUUCCAUGUGUCACAUGGAACAGGAUCAGAUUCGCUCCCAUCACCGCUUUGGGGCUCUGUGCCAGCGCACAGCAGCCAACGAGUGCUGCCCCAGCUGGUCCCUGGGCAACUAUGUGGCAGUGCUCUCCAACCGCUCCUCCUGCCUGGACACGACUCACGCAGACGCAGCCCGAAUACUGGCCCUGCUCCGGACCUGUGCCCUCUACUACCACCGUGGGGCCCUGGGGCCCCCUUGUCUGGGACCUGGGCAGGACAAGCCCUCACGCUGUGCCCAGCUUCCCACCAAGUGCUCCCGGAGCAGCGCCGUCUACCAACUUCUGCACUUUCUGCUGGACAAGGACUUUCUGAGUCCCCAGACUGCUGACUACCAGGUGCCCUCCCUCAAGUACAGCCUGCUCUUCCUGCCCACCCCAAAGGGUGCCUCCAUGAUGGGCAUCUACCUGGACCACCUAGCCACCCCCUGGGGGCUCUCUGACAAUUACACGUCCAUCACUGGCAUGGAUCUGGGCCUCAAGCAGGAGCUGUUGAGGCACUACCUAGCCCAGGACACGGUGUACCCCUUGCUGGCCCUGGCUGCCAUCUUCCUCAGCAUUGCUCUCUACCUGCGCUCCUUCUUCCUCACGCUCAUGGUGCUGCUGGGGGUGCUGGGCUCCCUCCUGGUGGCCUUCUUUCUUUACCGAGUGGCCUUCCGCAUGGCCUACUUCCCCUUCGUCAAUCUGGCGGCCCUCGUCCUGCUCAGCAGCGUCUGCACCAACCACACCCUCGUCUUCUCCGACCUCUGGCGCCUCAGCAAGAGCCAGCUGCCCUCCGGGGGGCUGGUGCAGCGCGUGGGCCGCACCAUGCAUCACUUCGGCUAUCUGCUGCUGGUCUCCGGCCUCACCACCAGCGCGGCCUUCUACGCCAGCUACCUGAGCCGCCUCCCGGCCGUGCGCUGCUUCGCCCUCUACAUGGGCACGGCCGUGCUGGCGCACCUGGCGCUCGCGCUGGCCUGGCUGCCCUCUUCGUUCGUGCUCCACGAGCGCUACCUGGCGCGCAGCUGUGGGGCCCGGGGGCAGGGCCGGGGGGCCGGCAGCGCGCCCCGGCGGCUGGCGCUGGCGCUGCACCGGCGGCUCCGCGGCCUACGGAGGGCCGUGGCCGGGACCUCCCGCCUGCUCUUCCAGCGCCUCCUGCCCUGCGGCGUCAUCAAGUUCCGCUACAUCUGGAUCUGCUGGUUCACGGCGCUGGCGGCAGGGGGCGCCUACAUCGCCGGCGUCAGCCCCCGCCUGCGGCUGCCCACGCUGCUGCCGCCCCGCGGCCAGGUCUUCCGGCCCAGCCACCCCUUCGAGCGCUUCGACGCAGAGUACCGCCAGCAAUUCCAGUUCGAGCGGCUGCCGGAGGGCGAGGGCGGCCACAUGCCUGUGAUCCUGGUGUGGGGCAUCCUGCCCGUAGACACUGGGGACCCCCUGGACCCUCGCAGCAACAGCUCCCUGGUAAGUGACCCCGCCUUCUCUGCCAGCAGUCCCGAGGCACAGCGCUGGCUGCUGGCACUCUGCUACGGGGCUCGGAACCAGAGUUUCUUUGGUGCCCAGCCAGAGGGCUGGCCCACGCUGUGCUUCGUGGAGGCCCUCCAACACUGGAUGGCGAGCCCCAGCUGUGCUCGCCUGGGGCCUGGCCUCUGCUGUGGCCCCUCGGGCUUCCCCUGGGCACCGCAGCUUUUCCUGCACUGCCUCAAGGUGAUGGCUCUGGAGCAAGGCCCAGAGAGCACCCGGGACCUGGGGCUCCGCUUCAACACCCAGGGCAGCCUGACUGCCCUGGUCCUCCAGUUCCAGACCAGCUUCCAGUACAGCCCCAACUACAGCCAGGCUCACCACUUCUACUCUGAGGUCAGCCACUGGCUGGCGGCGGAACUGAGCAGGGCACCUCCCGGCCUCCGCCAGGGUUGGUUCACCAGCCGUCUGGAGCUGUACAGCCUGCAGCACAGCCUGAGCACCGAGCCCGCUGUGGUGCUAGGCCUGGCUCUGGCGCUGGCCUUUGCCACACUGCUGCUGGGCACCUGGAACGUUCCACUUAGCCUGUUCUCCGUGACAGCGGUGGCAGGCACGGUACUGCUCACCGUGGGGCUCCUGGUUCUGCUGGAGUGGCAGCUCAACACUGCCGAGGUGCUCUUCCUCUCUGCCUCUGUGGGCCUCUCGGUAGACUUCACUGUCAAUUACUGCAUCUCCUAUCACCUUUGCCCACACCCAGACCGCCUGAGCCGCGUGGCCUUCUCGCUGCGCCAGACCAGCCGCGCCACAGCCAUGGGGGCUGCAGCCCUGUUUGCCGCCGGUGUGCUCAUGCUGCCUGCCACGGUGCUGCUCUAUCGCAAGCUGGGCAUUAUCCUCAUGAUGGUCAAGUGCGUCAGCUGUGGCUUUGCCAGCUUCUUCUUCCAAUCUCUCUGCUGUUUUUUUGGGCCAGAGAAGAACUGUGGGCAGAUCCUCUGGCCCUGUGCCCACCUGCCGUGGGACGCCAGAGCCGGAGAGCCAGGUGGGGAGAAGGUAGGCCGCCCACGACCAGGGCCACCCGGGUCCUGCUCAGAGCAGUAUGAGCUACAGCCCCUGGCACGGCGCCGAAGCCCCAGCUUUGAUACCAGCACAGCCACCAGCAAACUGUCUCACCGGCCCUCUGUGCUCUCUGAGGAUAUACAGCUUCAUGAUGGCCCCUGCUGCUCCCGGCCCCCACUGGCCCCUGCCUCACCAAGAGAGCUGUUCCUGGACCACCAGGCAGUCUUCAGCCAGUGCCCAGCCCUGCAGACCUCCUCCCCUUAUAAGCAGGCUGGCCCCAGCCCCCAAACCCAGGCCAGGCAGGACUCCCAAGGACAGAAGGCUGAGCCGGUGCAGGCCUCACCAGAAGCCCCAGCCCCAGCCCACGCCCCCAAGCCCAAGGCUGUAGAGCCCCCUGAUUGCCUCUGCUCCUCAGCCAGCACCCUGGAGGGGCUCAGUGUCUCUGACGAGACCUGCCUAAGCACCUCUGAGCCCAGUGCCCGAGUACCAGAUUCCAUGGGUGCCUCCCCAGACGACCUGGAUGACACUGAGCAAUCAGUACCUGAGCGAGGCCAGCUGAACGGGAAGCGGGACACCCUGUGGCUGGCGCUGAAGGAGACUGUGUACGAUCCGUCACUGCCUGCCUCCCACCAGAGCAGCUCGUCCUGGAAGGGCCGAGGGGGGCCAGGGGAAGGCAGCCCUGUGGUGCUGCCCAACAGCCAACCAGAUCUUCCAGACGUUUGGCUGCGCAGGCCCAGCACCCACACUUCAGGCUACAGUAGUUGAGAGUGGCCCAGGAAGGCUGGAUCAGGGUACAGAGCGUGGACCAGGGUGCAGGCAGGGGCAGCAUCAGGCCGGAGCGUGAUGGUGUUUUCCCAUGUCAGCAUGGAGAGGCCUCACCCUUCAGCUUUGGAUUUUAAACCCUGACAGAUAUUCCAGCCUUUGUCUGGGCUGCUGCUUACACUCCACAUCUGGAGGAUUCAGUGGGGAGAGUCUUUGGAGGGGAAACGCCCAGCUCUCCUUGUGACCUGCUGAGGGCUCCUGAGCCCCCACAGUGCCAGCCAGGACCCACCCCAGGGUAUCUCACCAAGCAGGAGUCCCGGGGAACCUCAGCAGCCUCCUGGGCCUCGUGCUUUUCAGGGGCUCUUUAUCAGGACACUUGCUUCUCUUUGGGGGAGCUUCUCUGUGCCAGAGUGGGUCUGGUGCCUCUGUCCUGAACUGCCCUGCUCCCCUCACUCACCCAGUCUGACCAGAAGUUCAAGGCCAAGCUUGAGGUGGCGGGAGCAGGAGAAGGAGGGCUGCUCAGCCUCAGAGCAUCCCUCUUAUAUUGCAGGCUGGUCCUUCCUAGGAAGCUGCUGUGGCAGGGAGAGUGGGUGCCCCUGUUAAUCGAAAUCCGUUCCACCCCUGCCUUAGGUGACGGAACACUUCCAUACUUUUCUCCUUGGAAUCUCAUUUCACGGUAGGGUAGCCUGCAGUUGGCCAGGUUCUUUUGCCCCCAACUAAGCUGAUUUACCCAAAGUCACGUAGCGAGUAAAUGGCAAAGCAGGAUCCCACACUCACUCCACCACUACAGCUCCCACUCUCCUGGCCACCUAUCCCAAGGCUGUCCUGAUCUUUUACCUCUAGCACCUUCCUGUGACCUGCCUUCUCGGAUGUCUCUGAGUAAGCCCUACUCUCUCCCCUCACCCCACUUUACCUUCAUUUCCAGAGCAAGCCUGGAGUUCCUCCCCAUCAUCCCUGUGUGUCACCCCAAGUUCAGCUGAGGUGCCUCCCGGCCAUAGCGUAUCCUGGCUAAUCCGAUUCCCAGGUUCAGAGUGAGGGGCAUGCCUCCUCUGGAGAGCCCCCCACCAGAAGAGACACUGAGGGAAGUAGAGGGAGAGCAGAGUUCAAUGAAGGCAAGAACCCAGGGCUGCCCCUUUUGGGACUAUGAGGGUCUGAAGCUGUUCCCCAGGUAGGGUCCCCAGCUUCCUGAGGACAGGCGUCCCCGGUGGCCAGCAGCAGACCAAGGGCCGAAUCCUCCUCUCCACGUCGGUUUUAUCCCCUGUCAGAGCUCAUGGCGCUCAGAGCGUCAGCAACUUCCUGAACACCUGCUCUGCAUAUGGUACUGCACGGGGCAGAGGAAAAUCGAUAUCUUCCCUCAAGGAGCUCACCUUCUGCCUGGGGAAACGGUUCACACAUCUGUGCCUGUCACCCUCAGUAUUGCUGGAGCUCGCGUACCAGGACUGGGUAACCAGGAAGGCUUCCUGGAAGAGGAACAACUUGCACUGGGCUUCAGAAUCCUGAGUAUCUCAGACUGGAAGGAAUGAUCCUCCGCUCCAGCAGUUCUCAAACUUUGUAGCCGCAGGAUCCUUUCUUCAAAGGAUUAUUGUAUGGAAACACAGUAUAUAGAACAGAUAAAAAGCAGCUACUCUGGUGGGUGCUGGGUGGGGAGUACAGCUCAGCCCUCCUUUCCGCUGUGCCUGGGAAACCCCUCAAACUCUGAAGGCUCCACAGAAUGUGGUGUGAAAACCCCUGAUUCGGGCCAUUUUACAGAUGAGUAUCACACAGGGGAAGGGAGUUCUCUAGGAACAAACAGUCUGGCAGAGCUGGAGACAAAUCAAGGAGUGUUUUGGUUUUUCCUGUGUUGUUGAGACUCGCCUCUCACCCAGGUAGCUCAUGAAGUGGGACAGAAGCCCAAAUGAGACAUGGGAUUUGAAGACACAGAAGCCUGUGGGCAAGAUAAGUAAGUCAAACCCGUUUGACUCCUGACACUAGGAAGGGAGGGUAGUGACAAGGACAUAACUUGGACCUGUCCCCGCAGAGAUCUCCAUGUCCAAGUAGAAUUCAGCCUCUCUGGCCUAGGGCUGCUCAUCAGGACUGUCUAUGGACUGUCCUCCUGCUAUCACACAGCCUGGCUGAGCGGGCCCUGGUCUCAUCUGGGACCAUCAGCUCCCAGAGGGAGGGCAGGUGAGCCCUUCCCCCUGAGCACGAGCAGAAGUCUGGCCUUGACUCAAGAGAGAGUCCAGCAUCUUAGUUGUUUCUCAGCAACUCACUGUUGUGGGAGGGCAGCAGGGACCUGGACCAAAAAACCCUGCUCUUCCACACCCUUUUUUGAAGGGUCUCGGGUUCAAUUCUGGUCAAAGGCAUGUACCUCGAUCCUGGGCCCCAGUCUGGGCGUGUGCAGUAGGCAACCAAUCGAUGUGUCUCUCUCACAUCAAUGUUUCUCUCUCUGUCUCUCCCCUCCCCCUCCCUUCCACUGUCUAAAAACUCAAUGGAAAAAAUAUCCGUGGGUGAGGAUUCAAAAAAAAAAAAGGAUGGCCCAAACCAACAGCAGGCACCCCACUCCAGCAGGUAAUCCAGCCACCUCCCUAAACCUCAGUUUUAGAAAGCAGGAUUUAAAGCAUUUUCAAUUUCCUUUGACUUUAGCAGGUCUAUUCCCUUUAUUAUUGUUACAGGUGAUUACAAUGAAUGUGUGGACCUGGACACAUGUGGGGAGAGGCUUAGAAGCAUCUUAUGAGGCAGGGGAAAACCAGUCAAAGCAUUCAUAUUUGCUCUUGAAAAUUGCAGAAAUGAUUUCUUAAUACCGAGACACGUUAAAAUAGAAGUCCAUUAAAGUUCUCUUGGGACUUGAGAGUAUUUCUCCCAUUUGUGCCACUGAUCCUUGAACUCACACUCAGAGUAUAUGUGCUGUGUUUUUAAAAUGUAACUUGGUAUAGUUUGUUACAAUGGGAAAGCCCAUCCUUCCAUGGCUGUGGCGCUUGGAUGACGAUGGGAGACAGAGAUUGAUGUGACCGGCAGAAUCUUAGAUUUUUACUGGCACAUGGCAUAUCCCAUACCAUAAUAGUCAGUAUCCCAACUUGAGCGUGGUUCUGAAAGAGACAUCUCCCAAGAGAUGUAUAAGCCAGACUUCCUCAGCCCCCUCCGAUUUCAUUCUUCUCCCAGCGCACAACAGGACAAGGAGGCAGGGGAGGGGCAGCAGUUUUACAAUCUUCACGUUGUCUGGAGAGUUUCUGAUCUUUUCUUCCAUAUUGGCCUUAUCUCAGCCUUUGAUAAUACACACGGGCAAUGACAAGCUCUCUGGCAGCCCACGCCACACAUCAAGAUCCCAUUAGCUUGGGGAUAGGAAAAACAGACAUUCCAAACCCUUUCUACCCUGACCCCUGUUCACAGGGGUGACUGUAACUCAAGGUCUGGAGGUGUUUAUGCUUAAGAGAAGAAAUUGUAACAUAAUUCGUUGGGAAGAUGAGAAAUAAAAGAAAGCCAUUAUGUGCUAUGUAAAUGGCUGGCAGUCCAAAGCCACCCUGUAACUGAAGAGCCCUGGAAGGACCUUGAUAAACUAUAAUUAUUAUCAGGCCUCUGUGUGAUUAUUCACCGUUAUCUCUCAAUAUAGGGGAAGGAUCAGCAUUUUACUGUUAGGCCUAAUCAAAUCAUUGAAUGGAUACCCUCUCCCCUGGGAAUGGACCUUUAGAUCAUUUCACAACCGACAUUCCCUUUCACUUAGACCACAUUCCAUUUGCUAAGACCAUUAUCCUUCCCACCCAGAGAAUUCUCCACUCAGAAAAAGCCCUUUAAAAUCUCUGACUCCUCGUCCCUGGGUGUUGGCACCAUUUUGGGGCUCAGCCCAUCUGGGUUUCCAGAUGACCUAAUACAUUUAUAAUUCUUUACCCCUUUUGGCCUUGUGCUCCCCUUUGACAACCCUAACAUUUACCAAAUUCAUAAAUAUCAAGCAAGAGCUUAGUAUUGCUAAAAAAAAUCACACAGCCGGGCAGAUUGAUGUAGAUCUGAACUCAUGACCACCAACCUCAACUCGACCCUCAGCCCUGCCCAACUAGUUUCCAUUCUAGUUACUAGUUUCCAUUCUUUAUAAUGACCAUUUCAUACUUUUUCAACCUUCCUCAAAUAUCUGAUGCCCAUAUCCAUCUUCCACAACCCCACUGUCAGUAGACAACCCAUUCCUCAUAAAGAAAGCUGGAAAUUGACUCACCUCAAGGCAUCAAGUCCUCAGCUAACCUAGCCCUGCUCCUGCCUGCUUCUGUCCCCAUCCCUUCUAUUAGCACAAAGGAAUCAGUAAUGGUUCCAUCAAUGGCUUCACACUGCACAAGAGGCCUUCAAACAAGGGCUUGCAUUCCCACAGGGACAUGAAGACUUUCCAAAAGGUAGGUGGACACAGACAGUUUUAAGAAAAUCAAUUUCCAGAGCUUCCUCCUUUCUCUGUUCCCUCUCUUUAUAUUGAUCAGCCUAAGAAGGAGGCUUGGGUCAGUCAGUUCUUUAUCUCCAUUUUCCCAGUUGACCCCUCCUUCAUGUUGAAUCCUACUCUGGCAAUUCUCUCAAAGGACAACUUGAGAAUACUCUGCUUGAGGGAGUCCUUGAAGGAGCAAAGCCUAGAGAGCCUCUAUGAGAAGUUUCAGUUCUGUGCCUUCUCCAUUUAAUUUGAAUUAUUUGAAUUGAAAAACAAAAUUAAAAACAAAAAAUAAAAAAUUGAAAAUCA